AUGCCUGUCCCUUUCGAGGCUCUGAUCCCUUAUGCCAUCAUGACCGGCUUCUUCGCUUUCUCCGCCGUGUCUGUUGGGAAACUGCGGGAGAUGCAGAAUGGUGGAAAGAGGGCCAGGAGGGGGAUCGAUGCGUGGGACCAGCAAAUGAUGGAACGCGACCGCCGAUUGACGGGCUUCAUGCGAGGACAGACAGACAAGCCGGACGCACCGGCAGGCUUCGAGGUCAACAAUCCAUGGAGGUGCGAAAAACGGUUCUUUUAA